AUGUGGAGACAAAAAUUGCUUCUCAGUGUUAGGUUAUGUAGCAAUCUUUGUAUGAACAAAGUGUCUGAAAUUCCACGCCAUCGUGAUUGUUUACAGUUAUGGAACGAAAUUAAAGAACAGCAAGUUAACCUUUACUUGUCACCACGUGUUGAGAAAGUCAUAGUUACAUAUCGUGGAUUUUUAGGGGAAUCAACUUUGGAAAUGACUAAAGGUAUAUCAACACCUCUAGAUUGUGCAAAGCAUUUGUCUGAGAUCUUGGUCAAAGAAAGUGUUAUUGCUAUGGUUAACAAUAAUCCAUGGGAUAUGAACCGGCCACUGUCAUGUGAUUGCUCACUUGAUUUUGUGCAAUUCAAGGGUCCUCAUUACGAUCCGACGGUUGCAAAUAACGCAUUUUGGCAAUCAUGUACACUCCUUCUAGCCGCCACUUUAGAAACAGCUUUUCAUCAAAAACAUAAUGUUCGUGUAAUCAAUCUCCCUUUACUUAACCCAAAAAGUGGUGGAUUCGUAUGUGAUAUUUCAUUUAAUCCUGGACAUCAAUCUUUAGAGAAUUGGACGCCUUCACCUCAAGAAUUAUAUGCAUUAAAUACACAUAUUCAACGGAUGGCUGCGGACGACUUAAGUUUUGAACCUUUAGAUGUAUCACUUCACAGUGAACUACUUCAGAAGUUAUUUGCUGACAAUCCGUUAAGAUCACAACAAAUUAGUCAUGUAUUCAACGAACAUCAAGACAAUAGUAAUGCACUACAACUUGACUUAUCUUCAAACAAGGAUAGAUUUACAGAAAGGUCCACCCUACCUGUAUACCGAGUGGGGGAAUUUGUUGAGUGUUUCACUAAUGGCCCAUUAAUCCGAUCAACUGGCCUUAUUGGAAAAAUAUCCAUCAGUUCAUUUUCCCGAAUAGGUCAUCUUCGAGGAUCUUCAAGUAACGUUGUCUAUCGUGUUCAAGGUGUGGCUAUUCCAUCUGCAUUCCUUACACAUUUCACGACAUUUCAUCGUCUUAUGGAAUGGUCUAAAUUACCGAAUUCAGAAGUCGACAUUUAUCCAGAUUACGUGGAACCUUUACCAUGA